AUGAGGGUCCGCGAUGGGCGCCUAUCAGGUUUAAAGCACAGUGCAAGCCCAAUUCUUCAUCCUCCCGCCGGCGCUACCCAUGCGGAACGUCGUGCAUACGACCGCGAUUCGCUGUUGCGUUUGCUGCCUGGAGACGAGGGCUAUGUGGUCUGGGCCUCGGCCUUGAAAUCAUACCUGGACAACAUUGUCUUGAUGGCCCGCGUCCAGUACCCUGAUGAGGCAGAGGAGGUCGCAUCGGAUGAUGAGAGCGACUUUGGAGGAUAUGCCACGGCUCCCGAGGUUAUCGAGCUUGUUACUGCAUUCCCUGUCUUCGUUCCUACCCUGUAG